AUGUUGAGGCCCAAAGCUCUGACCCAGGUGCUCAGCCAGGCCAACACUGGGGGUGUGCAGAGCACUCUGCUCCUGAACAAUGAAGGCUCUCUACUUGCAUAUUCUGGUUAUGGUGACACAGAUGCCAGAGUUACAGCUGCUAUUGCUAGCAACAUUUUGGGCUGCCUAUGA